CUCAGUGCAAAUAAACAGUCCAGUGCAAAGCUAAAGAAAAGAAGCGCAGCAGACGAACGUUUCACGCAUCCCAUCGCCAAGCGCAGCAGACCACUCGCAUCGCCGAUUCGCCGGACGCCGCCUCUCCUCCGCUCCGCCGCUCGUCCUGCGCAGCUACGUUUCUGCUAUUCCUGCUUGACUGCUGACCUGCUUUUCCAGUUCUCUCGAGAACUCCAGUCUCCACACAGUCAAGCUGCCAACUGCCAGGCCUAUCAUAUCUGCUCAGAACAACAGUCAGUGGUUUCAAUUUGGUCUGGAGGAAGCAUUUUACUUGACCUGUUCUUUAAAAUGCAUCAAACUUGUGGAUGAGAAUCAACACGAGAUUAGUAUCGAGGAGGUAUGGAAGCAUAUGGUAUCCCAGAGGGAAAAUUUUCCGAAUUUAUGCAGAGCAUAUUGUCAUCUCAGGUCAAAGAAUUGGGUGGUUAGAUCAGGGAGUCAGUAUGGUGUCGACUUUGUGGCUUAUCGCCAUCAUCCUUCUCUGGUGCACUCAGAAUAUGCAGUUCUUGUUUUGUCCCUCGAAGAAGGAAGCAACGAAAACAGUCGUUUGAGGGUCUGGUCUGACUAUCAAUGCACUCUCCGGCUUUGUGGGAGUGUGGCCAAAACACUGUUAGUUCUUUAUGUGCAGAAACACAGUAUUGGUGAUGUGGAAUCACCGUUAAGCUUAGAUGGUUGCACUAUUGAAGAGAGAACCAUUAGUAGAUGGAGUCCAGAACAAUGCCGUGAAGACAAAGUGAUUAGCACUUGACCUUCGAAACUGUGCUUGGUUUUCUUUUCCCAUGCUGAGCCUGGUAGA